CCCAUGGCUCUCCUGCCCCAUUCCUGACCCCCAUUCCCUCCGGGAAUGUCGGGGCCGCCGGGCAGGCCCCCGGAGGGCUCGUGGUGGCCGCUGGUGGUGGCCCUGCUGAGCCUGGCUCUGGGGGGCCGCCCGGCGGGGGCCGCAGGCAGGAAGGCGGUGCACGUGGGGGCCCUGUUCCCCAUGAGCGGGGGGUGGCCGGGGGGCCAGGCCUGCCUGCCCGCCGUGCAGAUGGCCCUGGAGGACGUCAACCGGCGCGCCGACAUCCUGCCCGACUACGAGCUGCGCCUCAUCCACCACGACAGCAAGUGUGACCCUGGCCAGGCCACCAAGUUCCUGUACGAGCUGCUCUACAACGACCCCAUCAAGAUCAUCCUCAUGCCCGGCUGCUCCAGCGUCUCCACCCUGGUGGCCGAGGCCGCCCGGAUGUGGAACCUCAUCGUGCUCUCCUACGGCUCCAGCUCCCCGGCCCUGUCCAACCGGCAGCGAUUCCCGACCUUUUUCCGGACCCACCCGUCGGCAACACUCCACAACCCCACGAGGGUGCAGCUCUUCAAGAAGUGGGGCUGGACCAAGAUAGCCACCAUCCAGCAGACCACCGAGGUCUUCACCUCGACCCUGGAUGACCUGGCCCAGCGGGUGAAGGAGGCCGGGCUGGAGAUCACCUUCAGACAGAGCUUCUUCUCCGACCCUGCCGCCCCUGUCAAGAACCUCAAGCGCCAGGACGCCCGGAUCAUCGUGGGGCUCUUCUACGAGACCGAGGCCAGGAAGGUCUUCUGUGAGGUGUACAAGGAGAAGCUCUAUGGCAAGAAGUACGUCUGGUUCCUGAUCGGCUGGUACGCCGACAACUGGUUCCGCAUCAAGGACCCCGCCAUCAACUGCACCGAGGCCGAGAUGGCCGAGGCCGUGGAGGGUCACGUCACCACCGAGAUCGUCAUGCUCAACCCUGAGAACACCAGGAGCAUCUCCAACAUGACAUCACAGGAGUUCAUUGAGAAACUCCAGAAGAGGCUGGGGAAGAACCCUGAGGAGACCGGGGGGUUCCAGGAGGCCCCUCUGGCCUACGACGCCAUCUGGGCCUUGGCCCUGGCCCUCAACAAGACCUCGGCCGAGCUGGUCAAGAAGGGCUUGAGGUUGGAGGACUUCAACUACAAUAACAAGAACAUCACGGACGAGAUCUACAGGGCCCUCAACUCCUCGGCCUUCGAGGGCGUCUCGGGCCACGUGGUGUUCGAUGCCAGCGGGUCCCGCAUGGCCUGGACCCUCAUUGAGCAGCUCCAGGGAGGCGUCUACAAGAAGAUCGGGUACUAUGACAGCACCAAGGACAACCUGUCCUGGUACAACAACGACCGCUGGAUCGGGGGUUCCCCGCCCGCCGACUACACCAAGGUCAUCACCACCUUCCGCUUCCUCUCCCAGAAGCUUUUCAUCUCCGUGUCCGUCCUGGCAUCCCUGGGAAUCGUCCUGGCCGUCGUCUGCCUCGCCUUCAACAUCUACAAUGGUCACGUCAGGUACAUCCAGAAUUCCCAGCCCUACCUGAACAACAUGACGGCCGUGGGUUGCACCCUGGCCCUCGCUGCCGUGUUUCCACUGGGAUUGGACGGAUAUCACAUCAGCCCCGGGAUGUUCCCGUUCGUCUGCCAGGCCCGGCUUUGGCUCUUAGGCCUGGGCUUUAGCCUGGCCUACGGCAGCAUGUUCACCAAGAUCUGGUGGGUCCACACCGUCUUCACCAAAAAGGAGGAGAAGAAGGAGAAGAGGAAGACUUUGGAGCCCUGGAAACUCUACGCCACCGUGGGGCUGCUGGUGGGGCUGGACGUGGUGACCUUGGUCGUGUGGCAGAUCGUGGACCCCCUGCACCGAACCAUCGAGGAAUUCACCAAGGAGGAGCCCAAGACGGACCUGGACGUGUCCAUCCUGCCCCAGCUCGAGCACUGCAGCUCCACCAAGAUGAACACGUGGCUGGGGAUAUUUUAUGGCUUCAAGGGUCUCCUGCUCCUUCUUGGCAUCUUCUUGGCCUACGAGACAAAGAGCGUCUCCACGGAGAAGAUCAACGACCACCGCGCCGUCGGCAUGGCCAUCUACAACGUGGCGGUGCUUUGCCUCAUCACUGCCCCGGUGACGAUGAUCCUGAGCAGCCAACAGGACGCCGCCUUUGCCUUCGCGGCGCUGGCCGUCGUCUUCUCGUCCUACAUCACCCUCGUCGUGCUCUUCGUGCCCAAGAUGAGGCGGCUGAUCACGCGGGGGGAGUGGCAGUCGGAGCAGCAGGACACGAUGAAAACGGGAUCCUCCACCAACAACAACGAGGAGGAGAAAUCCCGGCUCCUGGAGAAGGAGAACCGCGAGCUGGAGAAGAUCAUCGCCGAGAAGGAAGAGCGAGUGUCGGAGCUCCGGCAGCAGCUCCAGGACCGGCAGCAGCUCCGCUCCCGCCGCCGUCCCUCCAACCCCUCGAGGGAGAACGGGGACAACAACCACUUCCCCCCGGGGCUGGGGGCACCCCCUGCAGCCCCCCCGGGCGGGGGAGGAACGACAGGACCCCCCUUCUACCAACCCAACCUGCCCCUCGUGCGUUGCCUCGUGUCGGAGCAGGCGGAGAAAUUGGGACGCGGGAAUUGCGACGGGAGCCGCGUCCACCUCCUCUACAAGUGACCCCCACCCCCCACCCGGGGCUAGGAGGGGGUUUGGGGGCUUAAAUCAGGGCAGGGCAUCAACAGUUAAUUGUUCAUGAGGGUUUUGGGGGGUCUCGGAGGUGGUUUUGGGGUGGUUUUGCCCUCCCUGGGAUUCCGGGAAUGCGGUGGUCAUUGGGUGGGAGGGGUUUAUAUCAGGGGGUGGGGCCUCUUUGCGUCACUGCUGAUGACGAUUUUUGGGGGUAAUUGUAGUGGUUUGGGGUGUUUUCCCCCCCUUUCCCAGAGUUCUGGGUGUUUUCCUGGAAGCGGGUGGGAAAGUGGGGUGGGAGGGGUUUAUAUCAGGGGGUGGGGCCUCUUUGCGUCAUUGUUAAUGACAAUUUUUGGGGUAAUUGUGGUGGUUUGGGGUGGUUUUCCCCCCCUUUCCCGGAGUUCUGGGUGUUUUCCUGGGAUCGGGUGGAAAAAGUGGGGUGAGAGGGGUUUAAAUAAGAGGGAGGAGCAAGGGAUGAGUUAAAAAAGCGGGAAGAGCCCCCCAAAAUUCCCCAAGACCCCCCGGUCUCCUCUAGUCAAACCCCCCCAGUUAUCCCACAAAUCUGACAGUAAUACCGUAAAUCCCACAGCAUUCCUAUAAUCCUACAGUUAUCCCAUAAAACCUAAGUUAUAUCCAAAACCCCCCUCACCCCCGUUUCCCAAAAACCUGACAAUCAUCCCCAAAAACCCCAGUUAUCCCAAACACCUCACAGUUUUCCUACAGAAAUCCUAAAGUCUCCCCAUAAACCCCACAGCAACCCCAUCAAUGUCUACGCUCAUCCCACAAAUUCCACGCCGUUCCUGGUGCCUUCCCACUCCCUCUCUGCAAUUCCCAAACAUCCUCCCAUCCCUUCCCCCUCUUCCCAAUCCCGAGAAUCCCCAUAAUCCCCUCUAUUUCCCUGACCCUGGGAUCCCAUUCCCAGGGUUGUACUCCAUGGGAAUUCCCAUAGUUUUAGGUCUGGGCUUUGUCUCCAAGCCCAGUUUUGAAUCCAAGGCAGGGUGUUGUUCCCAAUCCCUCGGGAACGGCACAGACCCCGAGGGUGGGGUUUUGGGACGAGGGUGGAGCCAGUGGGAUCACCUGGAUGGAAUUCCACGCGUCCAGAGAAUUCCCAAAUUCCCAGACUGUUGUGUCUGGGUCCGGCCCCUCCUGUACAGUUGCACUUUACUGGGAAAACUGGACUCUUUUUCCUUCUUUCCAAA